UGCAGAUCUAGAUCUAGACACUUUCUCCAGAAUUGUACCACGUCAACGUUUCUAAAGUGACACGAUGCCUUUCUUUCCUCAGCCACCAGAGCCUGAAGCACUUGGAGUGCACCGAGUUCUGUCACCCCGAGCCGGCGUUCUGGUUAGCCCACUAUGCCUUGGCACCAUGAACUUUGGCGGCAACUGGGAUGAGCUCCUCGGGCCCUGCUCUAAAGAAACAGCCUUUGCCAUGAUGGAUUACUUCAAAGAGCAUGGUGGCAACUUUAUUGAUACCGCCAAUAACUACCAAGGCGGUAAUUCUGAGCGUUGGAUCGGUGAAUGGCUUGAGUCUCGGGGAUGCCGGGAUGAGAUGGUAAUCGCCACCAAGUACAGCAAUGGCUUCCGCAUUCAUGAGAAAGGUAUCCAACACUCCAGUUUUACUGGAAAUUCUACCAAGAGCCUUUACACGACUGUCCAGGCAAGUUUGAAGAAGCUGCGUACAGACUACAUUGACAUCAUGUACGUCCACUGGUUUGACUUCACAACGUCGAUUGAAGAGAUUAUGCAGUCCUUGAACCAACUCGUUCUCUCAGGCAAGGUGCUCUACUUGGGCAUCAGUGAUACGCCUGCGUGGGUUGUGUCUCGUGCCAAUGAAUAUGCGAGAUCUCACGGGUUACGUCAAUUUAGCGUCUACCAGGGCCAUUGGUCCUGUGCCGCGCGUGAUUUUGAGCGAGACAUCAUCCCCAUGUGCAAGGCUGAAGGAAUGGCACUUGCUCCUUGGGGCGCACUUGGAGGCGGCUAUUUCAAGACUGAUACCGAGCGCACCCAAGUUCAGGAGAACAAGAAUUCCGGCCGGAACAUACCCGUGAUGGAUACUUCCAACCACAAGAAGGUAGGCAAAGUGCUUGAGGAGAUUGGCCGAAUCAAAGGUGUGCCAAUGACUAGCGUGGCUUUGGCUUAUCUACUGCAUAAAACACCAUACGUCUUCCCUAUUCUCGGGGGCCGAAAGCUCGAACAUCUCAAGAGUAAUAUUGAGGCUCUUAACCUGGAGCUUACGAAGCAAGACAUGGACAUGAUUGAAAAUGCCGCACCCUUUGAUAUUGGUUUCCCCAUGUGGUUUAAUGGAGAAGCUAACCCGAAGAACAAUCUGCUCCUUCAAAACUCUGGCCAUUUCGAUUACGUGGAGGAUCCCAAGCCUAUUCCUCCACGCAAGAAGAUUCCUGAGUACACGAAUGGCAAGAGUCACUGAGGAUAAUACAAAUACCGAUGUAGUAUUCAAGACAAUAAUUAUUUUAAACACAUUCUUCCUUAUUCAGAUGAACCU